ACAGGUGCGCAUACAGGUAACCGGAAGUGGAUUGAUUUGGAAUGGCGUAGGAAAACAACGACUAGAUAACUAUUUGAAAUAACACGAUGGGCACGAACAUCUGUGUAUCGUUCUUUGCCUUCUUAUGUUUAAUCGCACUGAGUAAUGCUCAAACACAAUUUUUAAGAUGGUGUGUAAUCUCAGAAGCCGAACAGAAGAAAUGUCAGGAUCUGAAAAAGGUGGCCGCAAGCAUGUACGCCAAUAGAGUACCAAGCUAUGAGGUCAUUCCACUGAUAGAAUGUGUUCUGGGAAAAGAUGUGUAUAACUGCAUGGAGAAGAUUCAGGACAAUGAUGCUGAUAUCAUGGCCCUUGACACAGGACAGGCCUACUUUGGAGGGAGGUACUACAACAUGAUGCCCUUCCUAGCAGAGAAAUACAGCCCAGGGGGCGCAGGUACAGGAGAUGGAAUGAACUACUAUGCUGUAAUAGUUGCCAAGAGAGGAUCACAGUUUAAUGUCUUUCAACUGCAGGACAAAAGAGCUUGUUUCCCAGGGGUUGGAACUGCAGCUGGAUGGCUCUAUCCUAUUGGUGAAUUUGUAAAGAAGAACGGUCAGACCAACAUCAUGCAGGUGACAGAAUGUAAUGCCAUUGUUAAAACUGCCACCAACUUCUUCAAGUCCAUGUGCUUGCCAGGAGCCCUGACAUCUUUUUAUAACCCAUUCGGAAACAAUCCAGCGAGAAUUUGUGAGUUAUGUUCUGGGUUCUUGGAAAAGAAAUGCUCGACUGACGACCCAUUUGCUGGAUAUGACGGAGCAUUUAAAUGUAUGUCGGAGGACGCCGGGGAUGUGGCCUUCCUGAGACAUGACACCGUGGCACAGAUGGCCAUGAACUCCAGCUAUAUGCCUGAUAACUAUGAGUUGCUGUGUCCUAAUGGGAUGCGAGUGCCCGUGACAGAGUACAUGACCUGUAACUAUGGAUCCAUCCCCGCCAACACUGUAAUGACCUCCUCACUGAAAACCAAACCAGAAGUGGACGUCUACAAGAACUUCCUGCUGAAAGCUGCACAAUGGUUUGGUCCCAGCGGACAGUACAGGAACCAGUUUGAUAUGUUCAGCUCCCAGCCCUGGGGAUACUUUAACCGCAGAAAUCUGCUAUUUACGGACAGCACACAGACGCUGGUGGAUGUUGGAGAGAAAAACACUUACUACAGUUGGGUUGAUAAUGACUUCUAUCAGAUAAUGGAGUACCACAAUGCCUGUCCCUUGAUAACAGCCCGACUCUGCGUCAUCUCCAAGCAAGAGAAGAAGAAGUGCGAGAAGAUGAUGAUGGCCUUUAACGCCAAGGACUUGCGUCCAAGUCUGGACUGCAUCAAAGGGAAGGGAACGGAUGACUGCAUGAAGCUGAUAUCCAAGGGAGAUGCAGAUAUGGUGAUGUUGGACCCCGGGGAUGUGUACUUAGCGGGAAAGAAAUAUGGCUUGGAGCCAUUUGUGGUUGAGGACUAUGGGAAUAUGAAUGCCUCUGUCCAUGUGGUAGCUGUGGCCAGAAAGAGAGACCACUAUAUGACAUUGUUCAACCUCAAAAAGAAAAGAGCUUGUUUGCCAGGAAUUGGUCGGGGAGACGGAUGGAUCAUUCCAAUGAAUAUCUUUAUUGAAACAGAGCAGUUCAUUCCGCAGCACUGUACCCUCUUUGAGAAUCUGGGUCAGCUGUUUAUCCAUUCCUGUAUCCCCGGGGCCAUGGACAAGGACUACAACCCCAACCAGAAGCCAGUCAGUCUGUGCGAGGGCUGCGCGGCGGGCGGCUUCAGGAAGUGUCAGAGAACCAGUGAGGACCAGUACUUCAGCUCCAGCGGGGCAUUCCGCUGUCUCACUGAGAAGGGUGGAGAUAUUGCGUUUGUGAAACAUCUGACAGUACGUGGCAAUACUGAUGGUAGGAGACAGUCCUACUGGGCCCGAAACAGGCGUUCUGAUGACUACGAGUUGAUGUGUAAAGAUGGCCGCAGAACCCAUAUUGAUGACUGGGAGAACUGUCACCUCGGCCAGAUUCCUGCUAGCGCCAUGGUUACAGCCAAGUACAAGAGUGAACAGGAUAGAACCAUAUUUUGGCAGCUGUUAAACUAUGGUCAACAGUUCUUUUCCUCAGACAUUGAAGGAGACUUCCAUUUAUUUGAUUCUGGGACUUGGUACAAUGAUCUGAUAUUUUCCGACGACGCUGUGCGAUUAAUGAGGCUGGACAAGAGUAUGCAGGAUUACAGGAAUUACCUGGGUCAGGACUUUAUCAACAAGGUGGAAAACCUGCACAAGUACACCUGUGUUCCAGUCAAACCCAAAAGCUCCUCAUCACACACUUCCAUCUCUCUCCUACUACUGGCAGCCAUAUUCAUACUCCAGUUGGUUGUGUAACAUACAUGUAUGCUGGUGACUUCAACAACAAAGUGAUAAAUCAUAUUUCAUGGAUGAAAGUUGUGAUGAAAGUGUGUCUUUCAGAACUGUAUCUGUCCUAUAUGUAUAUGUAUAUCAUUGUCAUUAUUACUGUGUAAUUGUGAGGAUUUUUGAAAACAUUCUAUAUCAAUCAAUUGCAAGAAGCAUGCGUAGUUACAUUGUAUAUUCAUUACAUUAUAACCACUGUAUUAUAUCUCUAUUACCCCCUUUUUUAAUCUUUAAUGUCAUGGAGUUGAAGAAUGAGGAAAAAACCACAAGUCCCACAUGGUGCAUUCUUCCUCCAAAACACCUCAUUCAGGGAAAGGUUGUGCAUUUUGUUGUAAAUUACUUAUAUUAUAUACCCACUACCAACACUGUAUCCAUACUGCACUUACUACAAGUAGAUAGAAAUAGGUUUAGUUUUUAACCAAAGAUCGAAAUCAUUUAAAAUCCCAUUUUUUUUGUUCGAUACUCUGACAUCAUAUAGGCUCAAACUCUUUUGUUAAUCUGGCAAUGAUUUUUAUGUAGGAUUUCUAGAGGUAUGUUUGUACAAGUGUGUUUUUCCAUUAAUUUGUAUCAGGUGCCAUUUAUAUGCUUUGUACAUUCCUAGAUAUGAAUGCUAAUAUUUUAUACAAGAGAGUGUACAGUCAUUGAGAGAAUGAGAGAAUGCUUAUUUGUAAAUACUUGUAUCUAUUUUUAUACAAAUCAUUUUUUAUUUCGAAUGUACUUGACAUGUAUGCAAAUAUUUUGUAUUUUAGGAGAGUGUAAUGAAUUGUAUUUUAUAUGAUGAUUAUCCAGCAAUUAAUAUAAAUUAAGAGUUUUUUCAUUAACUGGUAUCCUACCAGUGAGUUUGGUUUUAGUUCUUUUUCUCUAAAAUCUAAUUUAUGAACAAAUUUAGAAAUUCAUGAUAAUGUUUACUGUCUUUAUACUGGAUAUUUCAACUGGACACAAAUAAACUGAAAAACUUAA